UGUACAGUAUUUCCUGGUCUAUAGCCAUACCAGAAAGUGCCUCUCUGUAAACCAAAUCCUUGAGAGCGCUCCAUUCAGUACUGCUGAUUGAAUUAAGUUUGCUUCCUUUCCGGAAAAGCACAUGACAGUCCCGGGAUAUUUGCUUGCCUUCUGAAGUGUUUGGAUCAUUUAACUGUAUAUUGUUUGACGCAUCAUGAAUACAACCCGCUGCUUUAUUUUAAUGUUCUUGGCGGUUGGGGUUCCUGAGCUUUGCCUUGCUGGACCUCUGCAUGCCCAAUGCAAAGUGGAAUGGUAUUUUGGGAUACCAUGUCAAACGGUUUAUAAAUCCCUGGUUUUACAAAUAAGGAAGUGGGAAACCACGGCUGGCUGCAGGCAGGGUGGACAACGGUGCUUGUACAAGUUACAAUCUGCCUCAGUCCACUUUAUAGCCGCCAAACACAUCACUCCUGUGAAGAGAUAUACUGACGUCAUUCAUUUCCGCCUACUUCCCUAUUAUUUUCACACUGUCUGUCAUGUUUCGGCCAUGUCAAUCUCUGAGACCUGGUAUAUCAUUGAAGACCAUGGCACAAACUACUGCAACCUAUACAACCUCAUAGAGGGUAGCAGUCUGACUGAGGCCAGAGGUUACAAGGAGAUCACCAGCGACUUUCUAUGCACCCAACGCUCUUCCGCCAACUGUACAGUCUUUUGACUUCUGAUUACAAAAAUAACAGGGCUACACUAUAUAUAUAUAUACUUGGAGUCGGAAAGACAUAAAUCUACGAAACUUCAAAAAAAAAAAGGCAUUGAUUCAACUCCUGAUG